GAGUUAGUUGAUAGCUGAUAGGGCUUAUCGACAAAUGUGAACCUGAGUCAGCUAGAAUUGGGUUAUCAGCUGGCAACUAGCGAAACCACGUCUAGAAUUCAUAAAAUGAUGUUGCUACGAUUUUGGCAGCUCGUUAGUAUUUGUUGACACUUGAAGCAAGAAGGAAAUUCACAGAAAAUGCGUGUGCUGCUAAUGCUAGCAGCAUGUCUUUCCCUGGUCGUGCAGCUUGAGGGGUCGGCUCUGUUAAGUGGCGAGGAGCGCAGCAUCAGGAAAUGCCUCAAUAACUAUGGAGGUCUUAAUGCAGCGAAUGCCGAACGUCUGGAUCGCUAUACACAAUGGUCGGAGAGCUACGAGGAGGUGCCGUGUUUUACGCAAUGCUAUCUGCGUGAGAUGUUCGACUUCUAUCACGAAGAGGCGGGCUUUGAUGCCAUACGCAUCAAGAAGCACUUUGGAGAGGCUGUCUAUGAGGCGUGCAGCGAGCGAUUGAAGUUAGGUGACCUUAGGCAAAGCAGCUGUGAGCAUGCGUAUGCGGGCUUUCACUGCAUCGUCAGCCUGGAAAACGAUCCGUUCAUAUUAAUUGAGAACAUGCAGAACGCAACUCGAGCUGCCAAAUCCGCAAUGAAGGAAUGCCUGCAACAAGUGGAUCAAGUGGAGUGGAAUCGCAUCAGCGAUUAUGCACGCUUCCCCGUCACAGAGCCCAUUCCCUGCUUCACACGCUGCUUCAUCUCUCGGCUAGAAUUAUUCGAUGAGCGCACUCACCGCUGGCGUGUGCCAGCUAUGCGCAGGGCUUUGGGCGUGCCAGCAUUGGGCGCCCAUGUGGCUGGAUGUGCCCAGCGUCGUGGUCGCAAUCCCUGUGCAACCAUGUACCAGCAAUUUACCUGCUUUGUGUUGGCCGUUUAGUGUUCACAGUAGUUAAAGUAAAGCAUUCGU